AUAAAGUAAUCAUGAUCAUUUUUCUUUGUGAAGUCAGUGGACUAUUCCAGAACACGGUGCUCCACAGCCAAUCAAAUCUACUGUAGACAUUCCAUAGUAGCCAUGGCACCCUGGGAGCAUUGCACUGGGCAGUGAAUUUGCCUAUUUCACGUCGCCAUUUUAAUGUGAGAUAAGCCUAUCUCCUCGGAAUUCAUCUUGACUGGGCGGCACACCCUCAAAAAACUAAAAAAUAAAUCUUGCAAGGAGACGAGGGAGCAAAGAUUCUAGAACAGUGCUCCGCUCUAGAAUCUUUGCUAGGGAGUGAAGGCAGAGGGUAUUAUGAUAUCAACUUCAGCGGCAUUGUGACAUCAUCAGUGUGAGAACCCAUCAUGUGGCCUGUGUUUCUUUGGUUGUGUGAAGCUCUUCUGAGAAUGAACUACGGGAGGGACAACACAGCCAUGUCAUCCUCCAAAGAAGCUCCUCCCAGCCCCGUGUCUGCGUGUAGGGCCGAGCAGGCCAUCAGGAGAAAGAGGCAUCUACGUCGGUCAGUGGAGGGGGACAGGAAGCACUGGGACAGAAAGCACUCAGACGGCGUGGACACUAAGAAACAGCGCCAGGAACAGGAGAAGAGGCCGGCAACACGCUGCCGCUCGGACGACUCGCCAGUCGGGAGCGAGGGGAAGGUGAACGAAGGCAGUGGGUCAGAGGUCACUGAUGAGUCGUACGAGCUGGACCGCCACUGCCGGCUGGCGUUUGGCCCGGCACUGGGUACCAGAAGCAUGACGCGCUGGCGGGCCGCCAACGGGAUCGUGAACCACGCUGAGAUCCACAACAUCCACUACCGCUCCUACGACAGAAGCCAUUCCACAGCCUCUGUCUUUGGAAAGCAGCCCCAGGACCUAGACAAAGCUGAUUCCAAAACACUGACUGGAAUUGAGAGAUUUGAGGCCAUGUUUAGUAAGGGCGAGUUGAUUGGACAUGGAGGCUAUGGAAGUGUGUAUGCUGGAUACAGGAAGUCAGACCAUUUCCCGGUGGCACUGAAAGUGGUGGACUUGAAGAGGAUCAAAAUGUGGGCAAAAAUGUCAGAGUUUGACGAGCCCAUCCCUCUGGAGAUUGCGCUGCUGCGCCAGGUGUGCCGUAACUCCACCUGCAAGGGCAUCGCCCAGCUGCUGGACUACGUCGAGCUCCCGGGGGCCUACGUGAUGGUGCUGGAGAGGCCCGAGCCAUGCCUGGACCUCUUCAACUACAUGCAGGAGGGCCAGGGCUACCUGGAGGAGGCCAUGUCCAAGCACAUGAUGCAGCAGCUGGUGCGCGUGCUGCUGCACUGCCACUCGCGAGGGGUGGUCCACCGCGACCUGAAGCCCGAGAACAUCCUGGUGGAGACGACCACGCGGCGCAUUAGGCUGCUGGACUUUGGCUCCGCCUCUGUGCUGAAGGAGGGACAGUACACAGACAUAGCUGGGACUCCGGAGUACUUCCCACCAGAGACGGUGCUGAGGGGAGAGUACUUUGCCAUCCCUGCCACCGUGUGGUCUCUGGGGAUCCUGCUCUUUCAGAUGCUGUGGGGCGAUGUGCCCUUCUACAACCAAGAUGCCAUUGUGAAGGGAACACUAUUCUUCCCACGUGGCAUAUCAAGAGAAUGCCGCCACCUCAUUCGCCUGUGUCUUACUGUCAAUCCCAAAGAUCGACCAACUCUGGAACAAAUACUUGUUCACCCAUGGAUGUUAUAGGAACAUAUACAGUAUACUGAAGUUGCCUACAUUUGUUUUAAAUAAAGUAUAUGUAGCAUUU